GGGAAUUCCGUCAUGCUAUGCUGUGCAGUGAAGCAUUGAUCUGCCUCACUGGUUGGCUAGUGAAGUUCACGUCAAGAAAAUAGGAGACAGACAAUUUGGAGCUCGUAUGGAUACAAGCUGUUGGGAUAUGCCCAGCGCAAUUGUCUACAGAGCAUCGGCGGAAAGACGGCGCUGACAUUCUUCUCCGGGUUUGGCAGAAAUUGCAGCAAAUCAGAUCAAUCGAUAAGUGUCCCUUGGAAUAUUUAUCAGCGAACGAGUGUAACGAUUACAUAAAACGUAAACUCUUUACUCCUUCUAAACGAUGAUUCUGCAAAAUGAACUCCUCCUUAGUAGAUGACGACAGUUCAAAAACCCUAAAUAGCCAGUUCGCGUCGAGGAGUGCAUUUCGUGUUGUGAUUGAGACCCUUGUUCAUUUCGCUAUUGUCGUCGUCGGAACACUGGGGAACUCCCUCGUCAUAUGGAUCGUCUUUAAAAACAAGAACUCGGCAAAACUCGCGAACUUGUUCAUCGGGGCUUUGGCUGUAUCAGACUUCUUGAUUCUCGUCCUCACUGGGUGGACAUUUCUUAGCACACUUGUGCUCGGAACAUGGCCGUUUUCUGACUUCGUGUGCCAGUAUCAGGGUUUUACAGGGUUCGGAUUAGCUUGCGCUUCGCUUUUUCUCAUCACACAAACUUCUAUUAAUCGCUAUUUUAAGGUGGUUUGUACCAAGCAUUACCGAUCUAUUUAUACUCCAAAGCGCACUAAGGCAAUCAUCAUCGGCACAACCUUAUUGUCAUUCCUCGGACCAUCGCAGUAUCUCGCUAAUGGGGGCAGGUAUAUUUUUCACUCUGGCAAGUAUUACUGUUUCCAAAAAUUCGAGCUCACAGCUAGUACGUCAUGGUAUUUGUAUGGAAUUUUUGUUCCCACAGCAGUCAUAACUUUCUGCUAUUACAAGAUCUUUCGCACAAUUCGUCUGCACCAAUCUCGAAUUAAGGCAAUGCGACAGAACGCCGGAUCUAUCAUUGGACCAAACGUCGAAGAUAUAAAAGCUACGCGCACACUCUUUCUGACUGUGGUGGGUUUCUUGUGUUGUUGGACACCUGUUAUUGUGAUUGAUAUAGUUGACUUUGCUCGGAUCCCUUCGUCUCAUUCUAGGAGCUCGCCGACUGAUGUUCAGCAAUUCUCGACUCUUCCAAGGGAGUUGUACGUUCUAUAUACGCUCUUAGCUACGCUUUCGUCGAGUAUCAAUCCUUUUAUAUACGGUGCAAUGAAUAAUCAGUUCCGACAGGAGUACAGGAAGGUUCUGUGUGUUGGGAGAGCUACUCGGUCGACAGAGGUGGAAGUUAUACGGACAACAACUAACCCGAUAUGAUCCCGGGGCCUGAGACGAUAUCCCAAGGGUCUCCAAAGUGAUCCCGAGACCCGAAAGAACCCCCAGGAGUCCCCAAAAUGAAAGCAAAGGAAUCAACCCAACUCAGUGUUAACCAAAGCCAGGUCAACGCCGGCUCAGUCACGUGACUUUUUACGCAUUGCAGACCGUCAAUUAGCAAGAAAACCCUUGUAAUCUAGAAACACCAGGCGAAAUAGGCAGAAAUUCUGAAUGCAAGAUGAAUUAUCGCAAUCUUUUUAUGGAAAUCUCAAAGAUGAUACCAAUUGUACAUAUGCUAGGCCAUUAGCCUUUAGGCCCCGCAAAAGACUUCAACGGUAGUAAGCAAACCUGACUCCUGGCGACGCUAAUGAUCAUAACAAUUGUAAAUAUGAAAUGACAAAAAGAUUUGAUGUCACCUUACCUCCACGUCAAGUUCCAGUAUGUCCGAUUCCACUCCGAGUAGCGUCCCCAAAUUCGGUUUCGUCCGGCCAAAGUCCCCAUGAACAAACUCCUUGACAUAACUUUGACAAGUUAAGGAAUAAACACAUGAAGAGAAGAGGAAAAUCGAAUUUAUCUGACUAAAAACUGCUUUUAGGGAUUCUGCUAAAAUGGGAUAUUGUGGUCGCCCUAGUUACAGCUGGAAUGGGGGAAUUAUGUGGACAAGGAUACAAAGUUGUCUAAGGCAUAAUUCUGAGCAAAAGAAAACACGUACACUAAAAAGAAAAAAGAACCCUGGCGAGAAAGUUUGUUUCACGUUGGAACCGUUUUCGAUCUAGGAACAAUAAGAGGAGAGUACAACUGCGAGGAGAGUUUGGCCAACUGCGCCAUUCAGGCUAUAAAGAUAACUUUCUGCGAUAGGGGAGGAGGUAUUUUGGAUAUAUUUUCGACCAAAGUGUUAUCAAGGAUACGUCCCAGCCAUUGUCUUGAGGAAGAGUUUGAAGUGAUGAUCAUCAAUACGUUGGGCAGACAUCGUAUGAACCUCCCUCACACGAACUGCAAGAGGCCGUCUGGAAUUGAAUCAGAGACCAGCUAAAUCUAGGUCACGGUCACGUUAGCAUAAGAACUCCUACACCAGCCUCAACCGGCCCAACAAAAAAAUCACCUUAAGCUGACUUUGGAACCCUUCUGAACGGCCUAGUCACUAGUACUGUGUACCCCUUAACCAUCAAGGAGCAUCUAUUGACACAAACACCUACUUCAACUGGCCUUGUUUUGUAUCCCCGACCAGCAAGAGCAUCUUAACUUUUUGACACCUACACCAUCUUCAACUGGCCUAGUGUUGUACUUUAGUGUUGUAUCCUUUAACCAACAAGAGCAUUUAACCUGAUAACUCGUGUGUGUUGUACCCCUAAGUCAUUAAAGAGUAUUUACUCUUACACCAGCUUCAACCGGCUAACCAGGGCUUCAGCGCCAAGCCAAUGAAAAGCGAUAUGACACAAUAGUUCUAACGCCACCCUCAAACGGUCCAGUACAAGUGGAAGUAGUUAACUACCAUAUUAUUUACACGUGACCUACCUGUGUAAUACUCUAAGGGGAGUUUUCUGUUCAAUCCUAAGAUCCUGAAGCAACAGUCAAAUAAGCACAUAAUUAAUAGAAAAUAAAAUGUUGGGAGCCUA